CCCCUCCCCCACCCCAGUCUUCCAGUCUCCCGUGGGCGGCGGGACGCGGCUCCGGCCGCUGCCCACAUGUCCGCGCUGCGGCCCCAGGCAGAGGGGGAGGCGGCGCCGGGGCCCCCGCGGCUCAGCGAGGAGCUGGGCCGCACCCAGGCCUCCACCCGGCUCCUGGCCUAUAGCGACGCGCUGCUCUCCAUCAUCGCCACCGUCAUGAUUUUGCCUGUGGCCCACACAAAGAUACAUCCAGAUCAGAAAUUAGGUGAAAGUAUUCAACAGCUUCUACUAAUGAAAAUUGCAGUCUACCUGAUGACUUUUUUAAUAGUAACAGUGGCUUGGGCAGCACAUAUAAGACUGUUUCAGGUGAUAGAACUUAUAGAUGAUGUUCUUGCCCUUCUAAAUUUGGCAUGUAUGAUGCUCAUAACUUUCUUGCCAUACACGUUUUCCUUAAUGGCCUCCUUUCCAGGUGUACCUUUUGGUAUUUUCAUGUUUAGCACUUGUGCUAUUGUCAUCGGCCUUAUCCAGGCAGUGAUAGUAGCCUAUGGCUUCUAUCAUCCCUACUUGCUGAAUCAUCAGAUACAGAUGUCUGAAAACCAGGCCUUCUACAAACAACAUAUCUUACAGAUCAUUCUAAGAGGACCAGUCCUCUGCUUUUUAGCCGCCAUCUUCUCCUUUUUCUUUAUUCCAAUGUCUUAUGUUCUGCUUGGGCUUGUUAUCUUUCUUCCACACAUCACUCAGUUAAUUAUUUGGUGUAAAAACAAGACUGUUGGUCCAGAAGAGGAGGAGGAGCGUCAUCGCUUAGAGACCUUCACUUUUUACCUCAAUGAACCUUUGAGUAAGGAACGAGUGGAGGCGUUCAGUGAUGGCGUGUAUGCUAUUGUAGCAACCCUGCUCAUUUUGGAUAUAUGUGAGGACAAUGUCCCUGAUUCCAAAGAAGUUAAAGACAGAUUCCAUGACCGCCUCAUUGAAGCUUUAAGUGAAUAUGGACCAAAUUUCCUCGCAUACUUCGCCUCCUUUGUAACAACUGGUCUUCUCUGGUUUGUCCACCACUCGCUCUUUCUUUACAUAACAAAAACAACUCGAUUUAUGGGACUGCUCAACACAUUUUCAUUGGCUUUCAUUGGAGGGCUUCCUCUCGCUUACCAGCUGACCAGUGAAUUUGCAGAGAAGUCUCACAAUGAAAUCGAAGCUAUUCAGGUCAGCUGUGUAAUCACUUUCUUUGCCAGCAUCUCUCAGUUUGCAAUAUGGAUUACAGCUCUGUUCCAUGAAAGGGAAACCUUGCAUCCUUUGGCUAGGUAUGGCGGCAAGGAACAUGCUUUUAUGUUUGCUAAGCUUGCUCUCUACCCUUGUGUCAGCCUUGGGGCCUUCUUUCUAACCUGUUUGUUAAGUAAGUUCAGCACAGCGAUUUUUCACAUCAUGCAGAUUGUAGUCCCAUUUGCUUUCCCCUUGCGUAUCCUUGUCAGGAUUUCUUUGGCAAUUAUGAAGUCAUGUUGUCUCUCUCCAGACGGAAGAAUGUAGUGUUAGAUGAAGAGGAAACAUGUUUGUCUCCUGCUGAAACACUCUCAUAGAUUUCCAUGCAGCGCAUGUGAAAUUGUAACAUUAUUUCUAAUUCUAACUUGUGUUGUUCUAACAUAGUGGAUGACUGGUCUAUACUAAAGUCUACAUUGGCCAUAACUGGGGCAUCUUUAAUGUUUAGCUAAAGGAUUUCAUGUUCCUUUCUUUAGAAAUAUAAGUAUUUCUAUUGCUUGGGUGAGUGAAGGAGCCAAAGAACAGCAUGAUCUCCCUCCUUAACAGACUACCCACGAGGAAAAAAAUACUGCUUGAAGCAUUACUGCAGUGAUAAUGUACUAGAAGCACAUCAGAAGAUAAGCAGCAUUAACCUGUUGCUCUGACAUACAUUUGAAAGUCAGUAACAUGGCAACCACCAGCAAAAUGGUUGGAAGCUGAUUGUGCUGCUAUUGAAGGCGGAGGGAGGGGGCUGGAAAUUGUGAAGGAGACUCCCUCUCGGCAUCCAGGUGGGGGAAUCCUCAAAAAACCUUUGUCCUACCCAUGUAGAAUGCUAACCUCCCUUGGCCCUUCCGCAAAGUCACCAAUCCUGUGGCUGCACUUCAAAAGUUGCUCGUCUUUUAGGUUGCUGUGCUGAGCAUGUGCAGGCUGGAGGGAAAUGUGUGGCCCAUACUCAAUAUUUCCAGACUACCCUAACACAAACACAAAUUCAUUAAGUCAAUCAUAUGUUAUUGUUCCUAAAAAAGUAUUUCUUAACAUGACAGGAUUCAUGUGAAUAGUUAUUUCAGGGUGUGAACCAGCCAUAUUCACUUCCUCCUGGGAAGAAUGUUAAGAGCUUUGGGACCUGAAGUAGCUUUGUCUUCACUUCUGAAACAAAGCUGCCAGCCAGAGAUAAAAGAAGUUUCUGCACUUCUCUCCAUUAUCCUAUUAGCCCCCAGGGGAAACUCCCUGACAACAAUCUGCAGCUGGAAACAUGAUUUAGGGGACACUGGGAGCACGUGGCUGCUAUUCUUAACCUAAUUCCUCAGUAUGUGAGGGAGUUGACUCUUUCCCUAUCUAGAGGCUGCCCAGGGAGUUAAUAUAACUCCCGUAGGCUGCACAGCUCUAGGAGAGAACAAAGGGAACUGACCCAGCAGGAGGCAUUACAGUGCCUAGGUGGAAGGGAACUCCUUUCUGUUAGUUCCCCCACCUUCUUCUAUGUGUGGAACUAAGUUGUUACUUUGGGCCAUGUGCUGCAGGUACACCUUUCCCCUGAAGAAAUCUGCAGGCUACAUAUUUCUCUUGGAUAGAGUCAUUAGCUUGCCUUGUGUAAUGUCUGUACCUGAUACUUCUGCUCUAUUUAAAACUAUGUGAGGAAUCAUGUUUACUCUUAAAACACUAUAGCAAAUAAGUAGAAUAAAUCUUAUUGAAACCGCUUUAAAAAGAUAGUCCAGUUCAAAUUGCCUUGAAAGCACUUCUCCUUUUAGUAUAGUGCAUUUUAGUACCAGAAUGUAGCAGUUGGUAUUAUGCACCCUAUUCUGCAGGGUUGUGUCUUCAGGAAUAUCAGUUUGUUGUGGAUUUUUGUUUGGGGUUUUUUGUACCUGGUGUAAGGUGAAUGGCUUACAGUGGGGUUGUGUAUUAUGUUGCAUAUUGCUGUUCGGUGUGAGAUCUGCUAAAAGCAGGUUUGGUUCUGUUUGGUUUUAAUGCUGCUAUGCAAUUGAUAUUUUCCAUAUUUGUAAUAAUUACAGAUCAGUUAAAAAUCAAAGCAUCUAAUGUAUUUCUGUUCAGAUUAAAUCAAACCUGAUUAUUACAAUUAAAACAAUGUAUUGGGAA